UGACAUGCUGGUAAGGACCAUCUAAGGACAAGACAGAACGGAUGAACAUGCCCGGAGUUGGUGGCGCAGAUCAGCCAUUGAUAAAAUCCGAUAAGAUCCAAUGAGCCCCGCGAGGGAGAUGGGCGAUCCGGGCAUGGCACGGGGACCGAAAGAUCAAUACAGCAUCCAGAGUAGGUAGUACUAUAUCUGGACGACUGAAUACUCGAUACCCCUACCGAACCUAUACCGAGUAUCAAUGGCCACCGACGGAAGGGAAGGGGGGGGGGGCGACUGGACCCCCGGUCACCCUUCCCGCACCCUUGGUUGACCUUGCCGCCUCGGGGAGGCGCCCUUGCCGGCUGGUUGCCGUCCGGUCGACCGCCAGGGGGCGCGCCAGCUGAGGGGUGGAGCGAGGCAUGCCGGCAGCUGCGUCGGUACUCCACACUCGACGUCCGUGGUCGGUGGGAGCCGGGACUGACUGCGGUAGGAGGCUGAUACAGCUGAGACAGCCUGUCGAUACUGCACAGACGCGAGGAUGUCGGGCGCAGGCGAGGAAAAGGGCAAGCUGUGGGGCGGCCGCUUCACCGGAGCCGUUGACCCCGACAUGGAGAAAUUCAACGCCUCCAUCGGCUACGACAGGCGCAUGUACAAACAGGACAUUCAGGGCAGCAAGGCUUACGCCAAGGCGAUCCACAAGGCAGGACUGCUGACUGCUGAGGAAGAGGGUCAGAUUCAGACCGGCCUCGAUCAGGUGCUCUCUGAAUGGGAGUCGGGUACGUUCGCGAUCCAGCCCUCCGAUGAAGACAUCCACACGGCCAACGAGCGUCGUCUCACCGAGCUGAUCGGUCAGGCGGGUGCCAAACUGCACACGGGACGCAGCCGGAACGACCAGGUGGCCACAGACACCCGUCUCUGGCUGAGGGACGUCAUCGGGACCGAGCUGCGGCCGCUCAUGAGGCAGCUCAUCACCACCAUCAUGGACCGUGCCGAGGCGGAGCUGGACCUGUUGAUGCCCGGCUUCACCCAUCUGCAGCCGGCCCAGCCCGUCCGCUGGAGCCACUGGCUCAUGAGCCACGGCUGGUUCCUGAUGGCCGACCUGACGCGGCUCUCUCAGCUCUGUGAGCGAGUACAGCAGUGUCCGCUCGGCUCCGGCGCCCUGGCCGGUAACCCAUUCUCUGUGGAUCGGCACCAGCUGGCGGCCGAGCUAGAGUUUCGCGGAGUGACGCCCAACAGCAUGCACGCUGUCAGCGACAGGGACUAUAUCGUUGAGUUUCUGUUCUGGACGUCCCUGGUGGGCACACACUUCUCCCGGUUGGCCGAGGACCUGAUCAUCUUCUCGACUCCGACGUUCGGACUGGUGCGGAUCGCCGACGCGUACAGCACCGGCAGCUCACUGAUGCCGCAGAAAAGGAACCCGGACGGACUGGAGCUGGCCCGAGGAAAGGCAGGCCGCUUCCUGGGUAACUGCGUCGGUCUGAUGGGCGCCAUCAAGGGCACGCCGUCCACUUACAACAAGGACUUCCAGGAGGACAAGGAGCUGCUCUUCGACUCGGUCGACAACAUGAUCGGCGUGCUGCGUGUGAUGACUGGAGUCAUCUCGACCCUGACGGUGGACUCUGACCGGUGUAAGCAGGUGCUCUCAGAGGGAAUGCUCGCCACCGACGUGGCCUACUACCUAGUCAGACAGAACAUUCCAUUCCGCGAGGCGCACAACCUGAGCGGCAAGGUGGUGGCCCUGGCGGAGUCCAAGGGGGUGCCGAUGAGCCAGCUGACCCUGGACGACUUCAAGAGUGUCAGCCCGGCGUUCGGUGACGACGUGACUACGCUGUGGAGUUACGAGGCCAGCGUGGAACAGUACCGCGCCGACGGGGGCACCGCACGCGCCGCCGUGGCCGCGCAGAUAGAGCGGAUGAGGACGGAGCUGUCUGCCGGAGCCCAGUGAUCGAGAAACGGGCGACGCAGCGUGGUUUGUGCAGUGCAUGGAUAGUUGCCGCUAGGAAUGAUGUGUUGUAAGAUAGUGAGCCUUGCUGUUCACCUAGAAUAUGUUGAAGAAUGUUCAUACUAACUUGGUGUAUGUGAUGAUACUGUUUGGAGAGGAAUGAAUGAAUUUCAAUUA